UAAAUCUCAUACACCUGUAAAAGUUUCCCAGACAAAGUAUUUACUAUUACAACAAUUAAAACAUGAAGACAGUGCAAUGCGGAUUGAUGGUAUCAUUAAUUUGGCACAAUCAAUAGCACGGAAAAAAGCACAGAGUACUCCUGAAAAACCAGGAAUCCAGGAUUUGAAAAAAUCACCGAUACCUCCUGAUGAAGAAUUAAUACCAAUUUUAUUAAAUUUACUAAAUGAUAACACACCAGAU